UCCGCGAUGCAGAAGACACUGUUUACCGUUCUCGUGGUCGCUGCUUGUGUAGGCAUCAGCACCGCACAGGUGUCCUGUUCUACAGAAUGUUUGAACCUGGCAAAUCAGAUUCGCAACGCCGACAGUAUUUUCACUGCAGCUUCCCUUUAUAGCGAGUUUUUCAUCGAUCGUUGCAAUAUCCAGUGCCUAAACCAAAGAUCACAGACUACAACUACGACGACUAGAACAACUCCAAAUACAGCGACACCAUCGACAACAACAUCAAGGAUAAUAUCAACAACAACUGCGCAGGAACCGCAUAUCAAAUCUGGUUAAUAUGCUAACGUUUUGCAGAACAACACUCUGCAUGGCAUAAUGCACGUUACAAACAACGCCUGUGACAAUAUCACCCUGGUCAACGCAGAUUUUGUGUGGUAUUUACAAUAAAGAUGCACCAAUUUAAACCACUGAUUUCUGUGUAACAAUAUAUAGCACCAGCAUUAAAUAAAAUCAAUCCAGCAGAAA